UCGCGUCGCCUCGGAGAGACACAGUGAUACAACAGCUGGGAGGCGGCUCCGGCGCAGACCUUGGAAAGCCUGGCCGCCAGCUCGCCAGCCAGUCGCGGUCCCCGCGGUCCGCCGAGGCUCAGAGUCAUCCAGCGACCCGGGGAGCGGCCUCAGGCCCCGCCAUGGGGAAGACCAACAGCAAGCUGGCCCCAGAGGUGCUGGAGGACCUGGUUCAGAACACCGAGUUCAGCGAGCAGGAGCUGAAGCAGUGGUACAAGGGCUUCCUAAAGGACUGCCCCAGCGGCAUCCUCAACCUGGAGGAGUUCCAGCAGCUCUACAUCAAGUUCUUCCCGUACGGCGAUGCCUCCAAGUUUGCGCAGCACGCUUUCCGCACCUUCGACAAGAACGGCGACGGCACCAUCGACUUCCGGGAGUUCAUCUGCGCCCUUUCGGUCACCUCCCGCGGCAGCUUCGAGCAGAAACUCAACUGGGCGUUUGAGAUGUACGACCUGGACGGCGACGGGCGCAUCACGCGCCUCGAGAUGCUGGAGAUCAUCGAGGCUAUAUACAAGAUGGUGGGCACUGUGAUCAUGAUGCGCAUGAACCAGGAUGGGCUCACGCCCCAGCAGCGUGUGGACAAGAUCUUCAAGAAGAUGGACCAGGAUAAAGAUGACCAGAUUACGCUCGAGGAGUUCAAGGAGGCAGCCAAGAGUGACCCGUCCAUCGUGCUGCUGCUGCAGUGUGACAUGCAGAAGUAGAGGCUGGUGAAGGGCAGGGCCCCUGGCCAGGAGGGGUGUGGCCACCUCCCAACCCAAUGACCUCUGUGGCUGGCCCUUCCCCAGGGGGAGGGGUACUCCAGCUCGCUCUCUGGCUCACCCACCCUCCUGCCCAAGCCCUUGCUCCCCUCGGUCAAGAUCCUUGAGGGACCACCUCACCCUGGAAAAAAAGACAGCUCCUCAGGUAUCCUGUCAUCUAGCCCCAUCCCCAGUCUUGGCCCAGAACCAACACCUACUGGGCAUAGGGGCGUUAACUUUUGCCCCAGGAGGCAGGGUUUAGGAGGGGGGCUGAGGUUCUGCUUUGAAAUUCUAUCCUUCUCGGGAUUUUGCUUUCUAAGACUGGUCCUACAGACCUCAGUUAAAGGGCCAAAUUGGGUCUGUCCUUUGCUGAGGACCCAGAUCCCUUAAAGGUGGUCUCUGCCCUGCUCCCUCGACUCUACCUGGCCCCUCUGGCCCCAGCCUUUGGAGCAUUUCUUCAGUCCUUUCUUCAGCUAAUGUUUAUGGAGCACCUGUCCAAUGCCAGGCAGCUCUAGGCGAUAAGGAUAUGGUGGUUUACAAGACACAUAUCAUGCCCUCUGGAAGCUCAUAGGGCAGUGAGGCAAACUUCCAGUGGUCAGAGCCUCAGCCAGGGAUAUCGAGCACAGCUGAGCAGAAAGUGUGGCCGGGCUGGUUAAGAGGAACUAUUAAAUCCUUCAGCUCAGUGUCACACAGAGCAGCUACAGAGGAUGAAAUGAACAGUGUUUGGAAGUCUAGGAAGCAUGUGAGUGGAAGUUUUACAAAAAAUUGAAAUUUAUGUAAUGCUUAUUUUUUUAGUACCCUUUAAAAGAGCUAAAGUUGUUUUAUUAGUUUAGGAUAUUAAAACAUACUUUAUAUUACUUGGUUUCUUGUAAAAUGAUUAAAUGAAUAUAGAAAAUGCUGAUAUUCAGGGAAAAAGAAGAGCUGAGAAAAAAGAGAGAAAAAUACCAUGAAAUUUACCAAAUAAGACUUUUUCUUAUCAAGCGAAGCCCUGAGCUGUCACCAUCAGCAGUUUCUGCUGCUUCCUUUUUAAUGAUCUUUUUCAAUUCAGUGAGCAACUCUCUAUCGUGCACAUCUCUGGUUAGGUGCUGACUUCAGAAACAGAAAAAACAGGCUUUGCCGAGAAUGAGACAGGUGUAUUUCCCACAUCUUAGUAGAUCUUUUCUGGAUUUGGUCUAGUUUCAAGGAGGGGCUUGUCCUUUCACUGCUACGGAAGAGAAGGAGCUGGAAGAAUAGGACCACCUGGCCUCUGUUUAGGCUACCAGGCUGCAUUUAUGAACCAAAUGCCUAAAAAUGUGCAGGGCAUGCUGCAUUUGAAAGGCUUUUCCUAACACCCAAUCCUAAAUCUGCCGAGUAAUUCAUCAUCUUCCUAGUGCGCUGGCUUUGCUUUCCAAUGUCUUCUUCCUGAUUUUAGAUCCAUGAGCUAUACAGCUGCAUGCUUUGACUGCCAGAAAAUGAAUCUUGCUUCUUCAUCAAGUCUUUCGCUUUACUUUCUCCUGUACUCGUGAUCAGAAAUUAGCUUUGAUGUGCAGUGAGUUGAUUUCCUCUUGAACCGCUGGUGAGAACAGUCAGUACACAGGUGCUGUCAGCCCAGGAUGGGAGCAGGGGAUGACUGCUGAGUCCUGGGGGUGGGGGAUGGAUCUGUAGGAAAGAGAUGCGGCAUGCCUCUGACUUCUGAGUGCUCACCUGCCCUCCCUCUCUGCAGGUGGAAACUCUUGGGGAUGCUGACCUUUGGUCUCAACUCUAUUGAACCUUGCUUCUUGCUGCCCUUGGAGAUAGCAAGGCCACUGGGUUGCCACCCUCUUUCUGUCCUUCUCCCUAUGACCUGCCACAUGGUAAGGCUGGGGAAUUCACAUCCUCAGGCAGGAACCAGCAGUUUUUUAUCCAGUAAUGCCUCAAGGGAUGUUCUCUUGCUCUCAGGAGCUGGCCAUGGGGUGUGUCUUGAGCUGUCAGUCAGCAUCAGAGAUACAUAAAUACUCAACAGCUUGGCUCAGCCGAGACUUCCAGUGGAAGGCUUUUUACAAAGUGGGGUUCCGUCUCCCAAAUGGUGAAUCUAACCUAAUUCCCAAUUGCACAGAACUCCAUGACUUUCAAAGGCUUGCCAUCUACCCCGUCUCAUUCUAUCCUCAGAGCCUAGGGAAAUAGGGAUUUUCAUUCCCUUUCUGCAGACAUGGAAACUGAGGCACAGAGACGAGGAGUCCCUUGUACAAAAGCAGAUAAUCAGGAAGUGGCAUAGUGUCAAGACUUGAACCCAAGGCUCUCAGAGGGUUUCUUCCCUCCAGAGUCUCUUUCCUGCUCAUCUCUCUGACUCUGAGUUGUACCAAGGUUGACUGUGGAGCAGGCCAAGUCUUUUUACAAGCGUCCUGCUAAGAAGUUUCCGAGGUUGUGGUCUUCUAAAAAGAAAUAGGAGCUUGAGUGAAGUCUCCACAUUUUCAAGCAUUUGAUUUUCUGCUUCUGGGCAGCUCUGCUAAUGGGUUAAUGCUGUCCUGGGAGGCCUCUGACUUAGAACCUUGGAAGCAUCUUAUGCUGUCUUUACUGCUGUCUUCCUUCCUAAGAGAACCGUUUUUGUUUUUUCCCUUCUGGUGGGCAAGUCCUACCCAUGAGGGUUGUGUUUGAUCACUCCAAGCUUCUGGACAUACCCCAGCAAGGAUUCUCAAACAGCCCAGCAGUGUGAACACAUAAUGCCACGCCAAGAACUGGGACCACUAUCUUGCCGAUGGGAGAAGCCACAGGCAGGCCGGGUCUUGCUCCCACAUUCUUCUGGGUGUCCCAGAGACUGCGUGCUUGGGAGCUCCUGUGGUGGAGCACCAGCCCUGCUGUGAGAAGAGAGGCAGGCCUCCCAUUCCUGCCCCAGCUGAAGGGACCUGCCACAAAGCACAAGGCUGGCAGAGAUUAAAGUAUGACUUGCAUAGAUACAAAAAUAUACAGACUGCUAAAACACUGAUACAUCCAAACUCUCCUUUGAAGAUCUCUAUCUUCUUGCAGCAGAUCAAUGAAUUGCCAGGUCCCAGAAUCUGCCUUCUUAUUCUGUCCUCAUUCAUCCUUUUGGGCUAAUUGAUGAGCCUCUUAUUUCUUAUCUCCCAAAAUCAUCAGCAAGGGCUACUUCAGAUGGCCACUUCAGUCCUUUGAGCUGUGGUCGGGAUUAUAUAACUUACCUCUAAAUCAAAAGUUAAGAAAAAGGAAGCCCGUAAACAAAGAUACCAAAUAUUUUCCUGACAAUGGCAGAGUCCCGAGAAGUAGAAAUUCAUCCUGCUGCAGAGAGAGAGAGAAGGUUGGGGGGGGGGGGCAGAGAAAGAAAGGAAAGAGAGAAUAAGAGGAUAAAUUAGGGUUUCUAGGCAGGAUCAUAAACCGACACAGUAAAUGUUUUUACACAAAAAUUUAUUAAAGCAACAAAUAUUCCCUGAAGGUCCCCCCGGGUGAGGCUUUGUGCUGACUUUAGAGAUCACUGUGGAAGCAAGAAUACAUUUCUUACAUGUUUUAUUCAUCGUUUUUGGGGGAAAAAAAAUAUUCAAAUCCCGCAGUUGAAAAGCUUCCGAGUGUGGGGGCAGGACAGGGCCUCCUAGGGUGGGCCUUUCCUUCUUGGUGGAGGCUGCAGGAGUGUGGGGGCCUGGGGAGGUGGGCGGCCGGGUGGCAGAGGGAGCCUCCCAGCUCCUUCUCCAGUGUAACCCCCACGCCCUUCAGAUGCGCUGCCCCUGGCUCUGCCUGCAGGGACUGUCCUCACUGUUCGACCCUGUGCUGUGUGGUGUGUGUUUUUCAAUGACAGUGAAUAAAAGGUAUGACUGUG